AUGCCGCACGCAUCCUCCUCUAACAUGGGCAAAAGUCCCAACGACUCCCGUUAUCCUAACGGGUGGCACAUGGAUGACCGGAUGCCUCAUCAUGACUCCUUCCAGCAGCUGUGGGAGACCAAGUGGAAGGAUCCGUGCUCCAAGGGCAUCUACCCUUUCAUGUUCGGCUUCAUCCAAGACUUCCAGCCCAUCGUCGAGGACAUCAUCGCCAAAGGGCUGAAAGAGCCUUACAACUGGGAUGAAUACGCCAGUUGCUUCUUCGGGACCGCCGAGCAGCUCGGCCAGAUGGCAGCUGUUGCUCAGCAGGAGGGGGAUACAGACAAGGCGAGGGAUUGUUACCUCCGCGCCUCAGCAGUCUACCGCAUAGCUCGCUUCCCCAUCCCCCGCUCCCCUCUCCAGAAACUCGCCUGGCAAAAGGGUAAAGAGAUGUUCUACCUAGGUGCCUCGCUCAUGGAGUACCCAAUUCACGAAGUCCUCAUCCCACACAUCCACGCCUUACCCUCCUCCAGCGAAGAAGGCUCCGUCAUCCCCGUCAACCUCCUCAUCCCACCCACCGCCACCCCCACCUCCCCCUGCCCCUUAGUCCUGAUCAUGACCGGCUUAGACGGCUACCGCACCGAGCUAGCCGUCUGGCAGCGCGGCUGGCUCGAUAAAGGCGUCGCCACUUUGGUCGUCGAAAUCCCCGGCACAGGCGACAGUCCCGCCUUACCCCAAGACCCUCAAAGUCCCGAUAGACAAUGGUCUUCCGUCCUCGACUUCAUCUCCCAGCACCAACCCCGCAUAGACAAGCAAAAGAUCAUAGUCUGGGGAUUUUCCACCGGCGGAUACUACGCUUUUCGCAUCGCACACACGCACGCCUCUCGUCUACUAGGAAGCGUCAGUCUAGGAGGCGGAUGUCAUCACAUGUUUGAUCGCGAAUGGCUCGACAAAGUCAACAAUCUCGAGUAUCCCUUUGACCUAGCGGAUACGUUGGCGUACAAGUUUGGGUAUGCCCCCACCAAGGAAGGGCUUGAACAGUUCAAGAAGGAAGGACAAGCGAAAUUCUCGUUGUUGGUGGAUGGGACGCUUGCAAAGGCGGACACAGAGGGGUGUUGUAAGAAUGUGUUGCUGGUGAAUGGCGAGUGGGAUCGGAUUUUUCCAGUAGAGGAUUUGACGCUUGCGUUGAAGUUUGGAGGGAUAAAAUCGAAGCCAAAGGAGGCGAGGAUUGUGAGUGAGAAAUGGCAUAUGGGUGAGCCCGAGAGCUUUGUGGUUAUUUUGAGGUGGAUUCAUGAGUUACUUGGGUUGGAUGGGGAUUGGAUGGGGCAGUUGAAGGGUUGGGGGCUAAAGCCAAGCGAUGUGAGUAGGUAUGUAUAUGAUGGCGUGGGAGGUGAUGAUUACUCUAUAAAGGUAUUCGGGAUCUCUGAGGGCAAGUUGCGGAGGGGAAGGUGUUAA